CGUUUCUGUGACGUAGUCAAUUGACUUUCGUGAUAUUAAAUACUCAGGAAAUGUUCUCCGUUUUAGAGUUUUUCUUAAAACUGCAAAUUACAAAAUCAACAUCUACUAAUACUACGGUAAAGAAAAAUAAAGACACAGACAGUCUGUCUGUUGAAUAAUUUUGAUGGGUGCAAAACAUUCAAAGCACUGCGUUGAGAAUAUCGAAGACCUGAAGAAGGAAACUGGAUUUAAUGAAAAUGAACUGGAAAAGCUUCGCACGAGAUUUUUCCAACUUGAUGUCGGUAAAAAAGAUUACUUGGUACGUGCAGAUCUUUUGAGAAUUAAAGAAUUGACAAUCAAUCCCCUCGGUGAUCGUAUUCUUCACCUACUUUUUAAUUAUGCCAAGAGUGACAUGAUAACUUUUGCGCAGUUCGUUAACAUUUUAGCGAUUUUCCGUCCUUUUGACCGAAAUACAACUGAGAAGUCUGUCAACAGUAAAAAAAGAAAGAUUGAGUUUGUAUUCCGUUUAUUUGAUUUGGAUGGAGAUACUAUAAUCACCACAAAGGAACUCGCAAACAUUCUACAAAUGGUAAUGGGUAAUCAACUAACUAUAAACCAAGUUAAAUACAUCACUGAAAACAUGAUGUUUCAGGAUAUUGACACAUCGAACAGGUUUCUUAAUUUUUCCAAAUUUUAUGAUAUAAUGGCCAGCUCAUUUACAGAAGAUGAUUUAAGUAUUCAUUUCUAAAUAGAACAUUUAAAUGUUAUUGUUGCUGUUGUUGUUGUGGAUUAAAUCCAUGUUAAAUAUGAUCGUGCGGACUUAUGAUCAAAGAAGUUCUUACAUUAACCAGCCUACUUAUAUUUUUUGAGACAUAAUAUAUCAAGAACUUUA